UACCUCACUUUCCCUUUCACUCAUACCUCUCUCCUUCGUUCUCCUCCAUCGCUCUCCACCUGAGACUACACAGUAGGAAAGGUGCUACACUUUCGUUCGAUGUCAUUGAUUUGAUCGAAGAGGAUGUCUAGCAAUAAAGUUCAACCAUUACAACAACCAAGUGGUGAAGAAAGUGAAAAACAAAGCAAGGCUUAUUGGGAUGAUAUUACAAUGGAUGCUUUUGUCAAAGUUUGUGUGGCUGAGACUCUGGCUGGAAAUAGACUAAAUAGUCACUUUAGCAAGUUGGGAUGGAAAAAUGUGAUAAAAGCCUUCAACAAUUUGAUUGGAAGAAACUAUCAAUAUAGGCAACUUAAGAAUAAAUGGAGUUCGCUUAAAAAGGAUUGGCAACUUUGGAAUACCUUGAUUGGGAAAGAGACUAGGCUUGGGUGGGAUCCUAUGAGACAAACCAUCAAUGCAAGCAAUGAAUGGUGGGAUAAGAAAUUGAAGGAGAAUCCUGAAGCAAUAAAGUUUAAAACAAAAGGCUUGAAAAAUGUUGAGCAAUUAGACCUACUUUUCAAAGAUAUUGUUGCUACUGGUGAAAGAGCUUGGGCACCAUCACAAGGCUUUGUAGGACAAGAUGUUGAUGAUUCAUCUAAGGUGGGGGAACACGAAGAUAAUAUAAUAGAAGUCCAAGAUGAUUGUAGUUGCAAUCCGUCACUUGAUACUAUCUCCCAUAAUUUUGAAACUACUACUCAACCUUCUAUGGAAAAAAAGAAUGAAAGAAGAAGAAAGAGGAAAAGAGAUGAAACUAAAUCUGAGUUUGUGGCUAUCCAAUUAGAACGCAUUUGUAGUGUUGCGGAUAAUAGGUCUUCUAUCUCAUCUAGAGGAGAUAAUCCAGGUUGUAGCAUUGUUGAAGUGAUGAAAAUCAUACGUGGCAUGCCUGAAGUGAAGAAUGACUUUGAGUUAUAUAUGAAAGCCACAGAUAUCAUGGUUGUAAAGGAAAAUAGAAAGAUAUUUGUUGCAUUAAAAGACCCAAUUGAUCAGAUUGCAUGAUUUAAACCUUAAACAUAAACAUGUUUGAGGGUUGGAGUUGUUUCUUGUUCUUAUAUGGAAACAUAUUUUUGUUACCUAAUAUUGCUUAGUUGUUAGGUUGAGGGGAGGGAAGAGAUGUUGGUUUGCUUUAUGUGUGAAUUGAAAAGUCAUUAUGCCAUUUUUUGAUACUUUUUAUUAUUUCUUUCUCUAAAAAUUGUGACUAUUAGAUGAGCUUUGAUGGUAAACUUCUUAUAAAAUCUGGUAUUGUUUUUCAUUUUAUUAA